GGAUUGCUGUCACUCACUAUCUACUCGUGAUUUACUACGUGGUACUGUCUCACAAGCACAACCAAUGUGAAAUAUUGAUAAACCUGGACACCAAUUCGAACGCAAAUUUCGAGCCUCACACAAAUCGAAAAAUCCGAAACGAAGUUCAUGUUCCCGAUUCCCAUGCUCUACGAGUACCAGCACAAGGAACAUGACUGAUUCGGGAGAAGCCCUUCUUUGUCUAAUCACCGGGCCUUCUGGAUCAGGAAAGACGUCUCUCGCAUUGGAGGUUCAGAAGCGUCUCAUAACGGACGAGAGAAUAACAGAAACUGAACUCGCCACGUCCGUGGUUGUGAUCCAUCAGGACAAUUACUUCACAAAACCAUUUCUUCCGUACAAAGAUCGAACGGACGAUUCGUACGAAAACAGCUCCGGAAUCGAUUGGAAUCGCCUCGUGGCAGACAUUGAAUCCCAUGUCAUGUUGUGUUCUCAAAGUUUGCGGAAGGACAAUGCUGACACAAAUGGUUUUGGCACCGAGAACAAAACAAGUAUGAAAAAAAUCAUCAUCGUGGAAGGCCACCUCUUGGGGGAUGCCGCUGAAAUCCUUCGAGAGAGGUUCCUCGACGAUGAAAAGAUCUUGGGAAGUCCUGCUAUCGGCAAUGCCUACCUUGAUGCUCGUGUUCGCGUUGAUAUUCUGGCUGUUCUGUUGGUUGGUUGCUCUCCCGCAACCUGCAAGCAACGGAGGCUCCAGCGACGAAYGGACCGAAGCGAYGACGAAAGAAUCCAGCUGGCGGAGUACAUCGACGCCUACGUAUGGCCUAGUUUUCUAACGUACGGAGUCGAUGCGACGAAAAAGAUGAAACGGGAACUAGGGGUUGGGGAUCUCUCUGGUUCGGAUUCACAAUCACUGCAACACAGUGCUUCGUCAUCCUCUAGUUUCUUCCUUGAAAUCAACAACUCGGGAACUUCAAGGCUUAGCGCAAACGYCGGAAUCAUCUCGAAGAAAAUCGAGGAAAUUAUUCUCUCMGACCGAGAAGGAGGCAUAGUUAGGUAGAUGGGUGAGAAUUUGAUUUCACUAUUUCAUCUGGAUGGAAAUCAGGAUUUCGCAUGGUGACAAAAUAGAAGAGAGGAUUCUUUUCCGUGAAAGUAGCUAGCAAGGCAAGCGAAUCCAUGAGAAAAUUAAAUAACUUGCCAUGUUGAAUGGAGUUUACGCAGUGAUCGGGGUACCGAAUACAGAGCACCGGUGUGAACAUCAACAGUUCUUCCACUGUUUGUGAUAUCCAUAAACAGUAUAGUGAAGGAAUCAAUCAAAGGAGCAAAAACAUCAUUCGGUAGAGUGUGGUCGAGAGGGGUGGGAUAAGAGAUAUUUCACAAACUCCGGCCAAACGGUAUGAAGAGUGGGAACAAUAACGACAGCAUCAAUAGACCCAUGGUACCAUUCUACGACCAAACCUUUGAGGUAGCAACAACGUUUACCUGUAAGAAUGCGCCGGGGCAGAACAAAAAGACGAGKCAACAAGUUCUACAUUGGUGUAUUAUUGGAUAGCGUUCUGUUGUUGCCGGUCUUGCCAACAAUUGCAAGUUGUUUGAUGCGUGCGGAUGCCAACAUCGAGUGACAGAACAGGUGUCACUGAAUCAACGAAUGCUCUGCAUGUCUCCAUGYCCAACAACUGAAUCGACUGCCUUGCUUCUUGUUGCGAGAAGAACAGAAUCUGACAUUGUGCCUCAACGCUGUAAGAUACUGCUUGUACAGCAGUGCGGAUUUCAUGGUCGUGAAAUAUACUAAGAGUCGGCGUUCUUAGUAUUCUUUUGCUGCUUUCUAAGCAGAAUGCCAAGCAGUAGUGUCGAAACAAAAUUGACGAUUUGAAUCCAGAACCAACGUGUUCUUGCAUCCAUGCAUUCAUAGAUGUACAAUUCUAUGUCAUGCUGGUUGUUCUUGCUCAAAGUGGUCCAGUGAUCCCAAGGAAGCUAUGGUACAGAAACUGAAAUAACGAACAGGGACAAUUCCAAUGGAACGGAGAUAGACGGUUCUUCUUUGCAAGCUUGACUGAAGAGGAGAGUUGCUUCUUCUAAUAUUUCUGUGGAGGUCUUCUUGGAGGUAAUACAGGGAGUAGCAGUUGCUGAGGUCUAACAGGGCCCAGUAGUUAAGUCUUUUAAUGGGAGGGCCAAGCAGGCAGCUCCUUAACGUAGGCCAGCGUCUAUUAUUGUAACUAUUCUUGGAAUUGAUUUCUAUUUUGAUUUUAUACCAUUGGGUGAUUCCUAUUAUUAUAGAUGUGCUAAACUGGUAAAUUUAGCACUUUUAUUACUUAUAUUAUAACAGGAAUCAAUUUUUCAAUGGACAGACAACAAGGAAGGCAGGCUUCACUCAUCUCUUUUUUGCAAUCUGGAAUCUUGACUAUACUUCAACGUAAUGCRAUAAGGCAAUGUGGUUCUUACAACAAUAGGACAUUGCCAUCAAUCAAUACAAUAGCGACUG